AUGAUGAAGGGCGCCGCUCUCGUGCUUGCCCUUUCGCUGGGUCUCCCUGGCACUAGAGCACAGCUCACGCCCUCACCAACGUAUUCCCCACCAAGCGCAACACAAGCAACCGUAACGAGCACGGCCACACCAAAUGCUCAGUGGGAGACUGUGAUGGGAAAUUCGCUGUGGUUCUACGACGCUCAGCGCAGCGGUAACCUCGACCAAGGAACCUAUGGCAAUCGCGUCAGCUGGCGAAACAACAGCUGCACCACCGAUGGCAGUGACUGGGGAGUCGACCUCAGUGGAGGGUGGUAUGACGCUGGAGAUUACAUCAAAGCCACCUUUCCUCUGGGGUUCACGCUCUUUGCGCUUGCGUGGGGUGGUCUCUCCUACGGCCCCGCAUACGACACUGCUGCUCAAACUGCCUACCUUGAUGGCACGCUACGAUGGGGCUUUGACUGGCUCAUGAGGGCGCACCCUUCCGAUGACCAGCUGUUCGUGCAGGUCGGCUCCCUUGACGUGGACCAGGCCUAUUGGGGAGGCGACCUGGGAAUUCCUGGUCCUCGCACUGCGUACCCCGUCAACGCCUCCGCACCUGGGACAGACGUCUGGGCGUCGACGGCCGCAGCAUUUGCUAUCGGAGCUCUCCUUUACCAAGGCGUCAACUGGAACACUUCGAGCAGCUCGCACGCGCCGGCCUCACUUGCAAACCAGACUUACGCCGGACAGCUGCUCAAGCAUGCUGAGACUCUGUACAAUGUCGCCAACACCACCACCCAGGCUAUCUACUCUAACAGUGUACCUGCCAUUGGGCAAGCUUACACCUCGAGCGGCUUUGGCGACGACCUGACUGUGGCGGGCCUUGCGCUCGCAGCAGCCACUAACAAUUCUGCCUACUACGUGGAUGCGUAUACCAAUUACCAAAAGUAUGCUCUGAGCGGCAAGCAGUCUGUGUGGAACUGGGACUCCCGGACACCGGCGGCCUUCCUCCUCUUCGCGGAGAUCUCGACUGCGCGCCCCGGCCUGCCAGCCGGUGCCGGUCUCGAAGCGAACGUGUCUGGCUGGCAGAAGGAGUCUGAGGCGUACCUAGACGCCAUUGUCAACUCGCAUCUUCAGAAUGGCUUCAUGACCAACGGUGGUCUCCUCUAUUACAAUGGCGACUCGGACGAGGCAAGUCUCAACCCCGCACUGGCGGCAGCCGCACUUCUGAACCGAUACGCCCCGCUGGCCUCAAGCACUGACAAAGCAUCCUCAUAUAAUAACUAUGCCCAGAGCCAGUUGAGUUAUGCUCUUGGAGACAACCCUAUGAGCUCCGUUUACAUGGUGGGCCAGCAUCCCAACUCGCCUCAAAACCCGCACUCUGGCCUGGCCGCUGGUGGUAGCAACAUCAACAACAUCCGCACCGACCCGGAAACAGAAGCUUAUGUGCUUUACGGUGCCCUGGUUGGCGGCCCGCUCAAGACUGACAAGUUCUGGGACUGGCGUGACGAUUGGGUGCAGUGCGAAGUUGCACUGGACUACAACGCCAACCUUCCUGCUCUCGCGGCAUGGCAACUGCUCAACUCGUCCUCAGACCCGUAUUAUGUCCAAGUCCAGGGCGGGACAUAUUCGAUCCCCAAGGGCGAGCCUUGCGACGCGGCCUUGUCGUGCCGCAGUGGUGUGUCAAAGGGCGCUAUUGCUGGCGCGGUCGUUGGUGUUGUUCUUGGCCUCCUCGUCAUCCUUGGACUGUUGUGGUGGCAGCGCGAUAGAAUCAGGCGUUGGAGGAGGUCGAGCAAGUUUGCGCAGUAG